UUGUUGUUGCGCCCCACAGCCCACAACUGCAAGUGAAAUUUUCGCCCAGUUUCGUUUGUUUUAUUUGUCAGUUUCCUUUUCGAUUGGGUUCGGUUCGGUUUUGUUUUGCUCCGCUUUCCGAGAGCGCUGCAUGACUAAAUAAAAGCGAGCGGCGCAGCUGCGGAGCGCUUAGAAAGGAAGAUGCGGUUCAGCGGCUACAACCGUUAUCAUUGCUCCGUUUUCGCCUCCCUCUGCCUCUGCUUCGCAGUUGGGGCUGCGCUGACGCGGGCGGAUGAAGCCGACGUCAACAGCGCCAGCAGAAAGUGGCUGUGCAGUCUCACGGAUAUCUGUACCUCGGAGUCGGAACUGCUGCCGGGCGUGCACUACGAUCCCGCACGUUUUGAGAGCCAACGGGACUGUCGACUGUCCUGCGGUAAGUAUGGAGCCAUCUGGCCCAUGCCCACGGGUAAGGAGUGCACCAUAUCCAACGAUCGAGUGCGCUUUGAUCCGUGGAAGGUGCGAUUCCAUGUGGUGGCUCCCGGCGAGGCGGCUACCCAAUUUUUGAGGGAAACCAAUCGGCUUUUCGUCUCAAAUCUGCUAAAGGAAUGCACCCGAAACUGUACGCUGGAGAGCAGUAAGCAGAUUCUGGUUCGGGCCACGGUGGCCAACGAAACCUUGAUCCUGGACUGGGCCACCGAUGAGAGCUAUGCGUUGGUGGUGCGCACCACAGAAACGGCCACAUUUGUGGACAUCCAAGCGGGAACGGUGUACGGAGCACGUCAUGCCUUCGAGACUCUGACGAAUCUGGUCGCUGGCAGCGUGUCCAAUGGCCUGUUGAUGGUAUCAGCGGCCAAUAUUACCGAUCGUCCAGUCUAUCCGCACCGCGGCGUUCUCUUGGACACGGCUCGAAACUUUGUGCCUCUGAAAUUCCUAAGGAGUACGUUGGAUGCGAUGGCGGCCAGUAAGAUGAAUGUGCUCCACUGGCAUGUGGUGGAUACGCAUAGUUUCCCGCUGGAAAUCACCAGAGUGCCGGAAAUGCAACGCUAUGGAGCGUACUCCACGUCACAAACAUACUCCCGCCAGGAUGCACUCAAUCUGGUCAAGUAUGCCCGCCUCCGUGGUAUUCGUAUUCUCAUUGAGAUCGAUGGGCCAUCGCAUGCCGGCAAUGGAUGGCAAUGGGGACCGGCUGCCGGUCUGGGCAACAUGUCUGUGUGCCUGAAUCAAUCACCCUGGCGACGAUUCUGCGUCCAACCGCCAUGCGGACAACUGAAUCCCCUCAACGAUCACAUGUACGCCGUGAUGAAGGAGAUUUUCGAAGAUGUUGCUGAGCUGGGAGCACCGGAGGAAACCCUGCAUAUGGGCGGCGAUGAGGUGUUCCUGCCCUGCUGGAAUAACACCGAUGAGAUUCGGAACGGCAUGCGGGAGCGGGGCUACGAUCUCAGUGAACAGAGCUUCCUGCGCCUGUGGUCACAGUUCCAUCAGAAGAAUCUCAAUGCCUGGGACGAGAUUAACGAGCGCAUGUUUCCGGACAUUAAGGAGCCCAAGCCGGUGAUCAUCUGGUCGAGCCACCUCACCAAUCCCAAAUACAUUGAGGCCUAUUUGCCCAAGGAGCGGUUUAUAAUUCAAACCUGGGUGGAUUCAUCGGAUGCCCUCAACCGGGAGCUAUUGACGCGCGGCUAUCGCCUUAUAGUAUCCACAAAGAAUGCCUGGUAUCUGGAUCAUGGUUUCUGGGGCAGCACCUCCUAUUACAACUGGCGGACUGUCUACUCCAGUGGCCUGCCAGUGACCCGGAAUAAGGACCAGGUCCUUGGUGGCGAGGUGUGCAUGUGGAGCGAGUAUGUGGACCAAAAUUCAUUGGAAUCUCGCAUUUGGCCAAGGGCCGGAGCAGCCGCUGAACGUUUGUGGUCCGAUCCAAAAUCAUCGGCAUUUUUGGCCCAAAGGAGAUUCUAUCGGUACCGCGAGCGACUUUUGGCCCGCGGCAUUCAUGCCGAUGCGGUGACACCGCACUGGUGUGUCCUCCAUGAAGGCAUGUGCCUUUGAAAUGGUGACCACUGGCAGGCAGCACAGGAAUUCUGGGUUCCCUGGAUCCUGCUGCAGAUCAAGCUUUAGCUCCAGCAACCAGCACUGUGUACAUACAUGCCCUUAUAUAUAUACAUAUUUUAUUCAUCAGUUAUCUACCUUAUAAAGAUUGUGUUCUCUUUUUUGGAAGAAAUUAAAUGAAAUAUUUCUUUUCUAGAGUGAUUUGUUCCUUCUAAACUCUAAUUUGCUAUUAAAAACAAUCAGUAAAAGUUA